AUUGCUCAGUACAUGCUCCGGCAGCCAAUGGAGUGCAAGGGGCGUGGCCAUGGGCGUGACAGCCGAUACUACAGAAAUCGUCGGAGUGUCGUGCUGCCAUCACAACGGGUUUUCAAGCACAUCUUUAUAACAGACUGAAACAGCUACAACCAUGUCUGAGGCUGAGUUUCAGAAAGCAGCAGAGGAGGUCAAACAGCUGAAAGCGAAACCAUCGGACGCUGAGAUGCUGGAAAUUUAUAGUCUGUACAAACAGGCCACCGUAGGAGAUGUUAACACAGCUCGACCGGGCAUGUUAGAUUUCACUGGCAAGGCCAAAUGGGAUGCCUGGGAGGCCAAGAAAGGUAUGAGUAAGGAUGAUGCUACAAAAGCAUACAUCGCUAAGGUAGAAGAGCUGAAGGGGAAAUACGGAAUCGAAUAGACGGAACCCAUCAUGGCCAGCUUGCCUUUACCUGUACUGUCCUCCCAGCGCCUUUAGGCCUCCAGUGUGUCCCCUCACAAGGGUGUUACAGUUACGCUGUAGCAUGGAGACUCUUUUCUGUGUGAGAGAAUAGGCACAUUCCUCACAGGCCAAGAGAAAUCGUCCACCAGUAACCAUGUAGUUAAACGCCCUGAUGAAUUCAAAUUUAUGCAAUGCCAUAAAAUAACUUUUUUCAAAAACCAUGUUUGCUUUGUUUCUUACAAACACUGACUAAGAAUAACAUGUUUGAUUUCCCUUAAAAAGUAUUUUUUUUGUUUGUUUUUUGAGACCCUGUGAAAGAUUUUGAUUAAAAAAUGAUCAAAUAAUCAGA